AUGUUCAUGAGGCUGCCUUAUUGCGGUCAGGCGAGUGCACAAACGCAUGACUCGCUGGUCGAGGCCAGGGGGGAGACGAAGAAACCGGACCUGUUGCUAGUCGAUUCUAUCAUAACCGAAGUACUCACAGGAACUUCUAAAGGCUUGUUUCCUCUUCUCAACGCCUACCUGGCAACCGCUCCAAUCGGGCGUCAAUGUCUACACCACGAGCUAGCAGACAUUUAUCAGUACACACUGGCCAAUCGCUUGAUACAGCUGGCAAAUAACCAGUCCAUAGAAGCUCCAAAAGUGGCCAUCACUGGCUUGACACUCAGCUACAUGGCCGACACAGAUGCCACCCUCGGACAGGCCUUUCGUGGAGCCGCUCAACGACUUAUUUCCUCUCAGGCCUUGACCGACUGCCUACAUGAGAGCAGGCAAAUCGCCUCGGCCGUAAGGCAUCUGGGGGCGAAACUGUGGCAGCUCAGUUUAGCCAUCAAGUCGGAUAAUGGUGAGGAAUUGAAAAAUUGCCUGAAUGAUCCGAUAUUUGCAUUUGGUUCGUCGAAACCUGAACUGAAUCGAACAAUUGGCGACUUGUCAUAUAUUCUCCCGACGAGAAUAUUGAGAUAUAGGAAACAACUUUUAGAUGUAAGUUUAUACUACUCUAAACAUUUUUGA